GGCGGCGGCUGUGGUGGUGCAUCUUUUGGUUCUGUGUCUCGGUGACUGGACGUCCCCGCGUCAGCGCGGCGGGCCGGUGAGGAGAGGUUUUAAAACUACUACUGGAAAUCUGCACUUUGGGCUAUUGUGAAAGCUAAAGAAAUGGUCCACAAGCAUAUAUAAGGAUUUGAAGAUUUUAAUUGUUGCCAUAUUUUUGGCAUAUCACAUACAUAUAUAUCAUUUUUCUCUCUGUUUGGAUCUGAGAAACAUCAUGAGCACAACUCAAAGAAAGCGCCGAGGUGGAACAACAAAUUCUAGGCAGGCUCAAAAACGAGAACGAUUAGUAGGUCCAACAACGGAGAUGACUUCAGAAGCUGAGCCAAUAGAACUUGUAGAAAGUGCUGGAGAAGAGGUGGUGGACCUCACCUGUGAAUCUACUGAACCGGUGGUAGUGGAUCUAACUCACAAUGAUUCUGUGGUGUUUGUUGAAGAAAAUCGAAGGCAAAGAAGAAACCCAAGGGUAAGUCGAGGACAGCCUGACAGCUGCGUUUUGAGUAGCGAUGAUGAAGAAACAAGAGACAAUGAUGUGUAUGUGACAGAAAAUCCUCCCAGAGAAUCGGUUGUUCUGGAAGAAGAAACAUCAAGCAUAAGGCCUUCUGGUACUGUUAGUUGUCCAAUUUGCAUGGAUGGAUACUCAGAGAUUUUGCAAAGUGGACGACUUAUAGUCUCUACAAAAUGUGGUCACGUCUUCUGUAGCCAAUGCCUCCGUGAUGCCCUUAGAAAUGCUAGCUCCUGCCCAACUUGCCGGAAAAAGCUGAACCAGAAACAGUAUCAUCCAAUAUAUAUAUGAUAUGUACUAUGUUUCUCAGGACAGCCUUACGUGGAUUGCUGUGAAAAUGUCCUGAGGUUGUCAACAUACCUGACAGUAAGGAGAACUGAUUUUAAAAACGAUUACCUGGGGUGUUUGUAAACAGAUUUUAUGGUCCACACUUCACUGUCAUAAACCUAGCUUUUUGUUUUAUCACAUUUGAUAAGGUUGGGCUGAAUUUCUGAGGGGUCUGUAAAGGUUAGCUGAGCCACAUGUCUUCUCUCAACAAAGUUCCUGUGUUUUGACACAGCUUCUCUGUACCAUUAGGGUGUGUGACCUCUUGGGUUUCAAAAUCACCUUAAUCAAGUAAUUGAAUCUAAUAACUCUAAAAGAAUGAAAAGUAAGACAUUGGCAUAGAUGAGUGGCCUCUUCCCACCUGUAAGGUGCAUAGGUGGGAAGAGUGGUUGAGUCUUGCUCCCUGCAGGCCCAUCCAUUUCACAUUCCUUGGUGUAAAAACCUGUUUUUGAUUCACAGCCUAGCAGAAUGAAGGACAUAAUGAUAGGCCCUGGGCCUUCCCCAGGGAAAAAGAAUACACUGAUGUAUUGAAGAAAUUGCAGAACUGCCAGAAAUAAAGCUCCCCAGGUAUAACUGCUGGGUUUUCUCCACCAGCACACUUAAAUAUAGAACAGCGGCUCUGGGUCUCUCUGGAACCUGGAAGCAAACUCACUGGAGGCUUUUUAUUUUUGUUAUUAUGAAAAGAUUUCUUAUUGGCAAGGCCCAGACUUUCCAAGCUUCACUUGAUCAUUCAUUAGCUAUGUGUUUCUACUUCAUAGAGAUUUCAUAUCAUAGUCUUUUUUAAUUGGUGUCCAUUGUUUUCUUCCCUCCCAUUACCUAAUUGAGUAAUCAGCAGUUGGUGAGUAGAGGGCUAUUUCAUAAAGCUGAAUUCUAUCUUAGAGAACUCAGUCUUUACCUCACACCCUGUAAGACGUAAUUUUUCAUCUAGCUAUCGCAGACAUUUAUCAUUAUUAGAGAUCUUUGUGUCAGACCUUUAUAAAAACUUAGGCCACUUAGCAUUUUAAAUUAGUGGCAUAUAAAAGAGUUGAGCGAUCCAGUCUCUGACCAGUGGUAUAAUUUUCUUUUUUGCACACAGAAAUUAAACCAUAUCCUAAGUGAGAUUGCUGACUAGGUUCCCUCCUUCUUAAUGAUUCAACUGUGUAAUAAAGCUUCUUGCUUUUGAAAUUCUAAUUGAAUUGGGGCAGAAGUUUGUUCAGACUUUCACAUUCCUCCGAAAGGCUGGAUAUCGACAGUGGCAAGGAUGCCCCUUUUUGCCACGUCUAUCUGCUGUUCAUAUUCUCAGGAAUGUUGAUAAUGCUGUAGUGUUAUAAACUUGCCCCAAAGAUACAAAUAGGGGGCACAAAAAAUAGUUUUUGUAUUGUAAUAAAAACCAUUUUGUGUUGUUGCCUCUUUGUCCCUUUACUGUCUAUCCAUCAAGGGAUUGGGUGCAGGGGGAACAGCUCUUUUUCCCCAUGUGUUUUGCAGGUGGUGAAAGUAGUUUGUGACAUAGCUGCUUGGGGGGUGGAAUCAGUUCUCUGCAACUUCAGUCCAAGUCAUCUCUGCCUGUUUGUUGUUAAUGAUAUCAAUACUGUUCUAUUGAGUUUUUUUCACACACCCUCCCCCCUACCCCACCCCCAAUUUUGUGGUGGGAAUUAAUUUUUUGAAUCUGUGCCUAGAUUUUAUUUUAAGAAGCUUUUGGUGCAUUUAUUUUUUCAUCAUCCAUGAAACCCUUUGCUUCUGAUGGUCUAUGCCUGUUGAGUUGAUGCAGUCUUGCCUCCACACAAACAUGAUUCUUGCCCACUGAAAAACUGGGUUUUAUCCUUUGUUUCUAUCUUUUUACCUGGGGAAAGCUGGUAAAUUUUACUCUGUACUUUGGAAUUGCUUGUUCUUCACAUCAGUUAAGGGUUCUUAAAAUCUUAUAUUCCUUUUCCAUACCCUGUUAGAAUAAUUUACUUAAAACAAAAUUAAGUUUUGUUAAGGCUGUUUAGAAAGAAAAUUGUGAAGGGGGCAAUUCUAGCUUUGCUACUGAUAACCAACCUUAAGUUUAAUGCAACAAAUUACUGUAUAAAACUUAAUUUAAAAUGAGCAUUUCCCCUUUGCCACAGGAAAAAAAAAGCAGUAGUUGUACUAGCAACCCUGACUUUUAAAAAUUACAUUAAAUAUCUUUUUAAUUAGAGUUUGUCAUAUUUUUAUCCAUCAAGUCAAGAAUAAGAGUGUAUUAAAGAUUAAUUUGAGCUAAUAUGUGUAUAGCUUUCCUGCUCUAGCAUUAGUUUUGAAUGGUAUUUUUAAUUAAGUUUGUAUUUCCAAGUAAAUAUUUAUUUUUGUCCUGUAUCAACUGUACUGAUGUGUAAGAUCCUUAAAAAAAAAAAAGCCUACAGAAUACAUAGCAGGUUCUUCAGCUGAUUUGUUUUGUGACUCUUCUUGAAAAACUAUACCUGCCCAAUUCUAAGCUGUCAAUCACAAAUGUUACUGUAUUAUUUCAUUGUAAAUCUAAAUUGAAAAGGUAAUGUUUAGUUGUAGUUAAUUACUUAGUGUAGCAAUAUAGUUUUUCAGAACUGCAAAAUAUAAACAGGCUGAUUAUGUAAAAAUCAUACUUUUACUUUAUUUGUGUAUAUAGUUCAUUUUUUUUUGUUAUUUAAAUUGUAUCCAUGUCCAUGUGUCAGGUCUGUUUUGAACUUCAGCUAAAUUGUUGUUAAUUAAGAUGAAAAUAAACCCAUUAAUUUGAUGUA